GCGCCUCCUCAGCAUCCUUAGGCCCGGCAGCAACCCCCGCAGUCACUGGUGCGGCCGCGCCCGCCACUGGGAGGGUGCAGCCACUGGAGGAGGCUCCAAGUUGGUGGAGCGGCGGGGACCCCCUCUGCGGGCCGCUCCCCGAAAGGCGGAAAGAGAGGAGGAGGGCGCGCCGCCGUCCCCGAGACCCCAGCCCCUGACCCCUGCCCGCGGCCGCAGCAUGCGCGCCCAGCCGGCGUGACCGGCUCCGCCCGCAGCCGCCCCGCAACCCAGCCCGGCGCUCUCGCGGGUCACUCGGACCGGCGCCCGGGAGCGAUGAGCCAUGAAGCCGCCCGGCAACAACUCCCGGCGGCCGCCCCUGACGGGUUGCAGCCUUCCCGGAGCCUCCUGCGGCCCCGGCCGCUGCCCCACCGGCCCAGUGCUGGCCCGCGCGCCGCCCUGCCGCCUGCUCCUCGUCCUUCUCCUGAUACCUGCGCUCGCCGCCUCGUCCCGGCCCCGUGCCCGGGGGGCCGCUGCGCCCAGCGCUCCGCACUGGAAUGAAACUGCAGAAAAAACCCUGGGAGUCCUGGCAGAUGAAGACAACACAUUGCAACAAAAUAGCAGCAGCAGAAAUACCAGCUACAGCAGUGCAGUGCAGAAAGAAAUCACACUGCCUUCAAGACUGGUGUAUUACAUCAACCAGGACUCAGAAAGCCCUUAUCAUGUUCUUGACACAAAGGCCAGACACCAACAGAAACAUAAUAAGGCUGUCCAUCUGGCCCAGGCAAGCUUCCAGAUCGAAGCUUUUGGCUCCAAGUUCAUUCUUGACCUCAUACUGAACAAUGGUUUGUUAUCUUCUGACUACGUGGAGAUCCACUAUGAAGAUGGGAAGCAGAUGUACUCUAAGGGUGGAGAGCACUGUUACUACCAUGGAAGCAUCAGAGGCGUCAAGGAUUCCAGGGUGGCCCUGUCGACCUGCAACGGACUCCAUGGCAUGUUUGAGGAUGACACCUUUGUAUAUAUGAUAGAGCCGCUGGAACUGACUCAUGAUGAGAAAAGCACAGGCCGACCGCACAUAAUCCAGAAAACCUUGGCAGGACAGUAUUCUAAGGAGAUGAAGAAUCUCAGCACAGAUGGCAGUGACCAGUGGCCUUUGCUACCUGAAUUACAAUGGCUGAGAAGAAGGAAAAGAGCAGUCCAUCCAUCUCGUGGUGUGUUUGAAGAAAUGAAGUAUUUGGAGCUUAUGAUUGUUAACGAUCACAAGACGUAUAAGAAGCACCGCUCUUCUCACGCGCAUACCAACAACUUCGCAAAGUCUGUGGUCAACCUUGUAGAUUCUAUUUACAAGGAACAGCUCAACACCAGGGUUGUCCUGGUGGCUGUAGAGACCUGGACCGAGAAGGAUCAAAUUGACAUCACCAUCAACCCCGUGCAGAUGCUUCACGAGUUCUCCAAGUACCGGCAGCGAAUCAAACAGCACGCUGACGCGGUCCACCUCAUCUCGCGUGUGACAUUCCAUUAUAAGAGAAGCAGUCUGAGUUACUUUGGAGGUGUGUGUUCUCGAAUAAGAGGGGUUGGUGUGAAUGAGUACGGUCUUCCAAUGGCAGUGGCACAAGUAUUAUCACAGAGCCUGGCUCAAAACCUUGGAAUCCAGUGGGAACCUUCGAGCAGGAAGCCAAAAUGUGAAUGCAUAGAGUCCUGGGGCGGCUGCAUCAUGGAAGAAACAGGGGUGUCCCACUCUCGGAAGUUCUCCAAGUGCAGCAUUUUGGAGUACAGAGACUUUUUGCAGAGAGGUGGCGGAGCGUGUCUUUUCAAUAGGCCAACUAAGUUGUUUGAGCCCACGGAAUGUGGAAAUGGAUAUGUGGAGGCUGGGGAGGAAUGCGACUGUGGUUUCCAUGUGGAAUGCUAUGGAGUUUGCUGUAAGAAGUGCUCGCUCUCCAAUGGGGCCCACUGCAGUGACGGCCCCUGCUGCAACAACACCUCCUGCCUUUUUCAGUCACGAGGGUAUGAAUGUCGGGACGCCGUAAACAGCUGUGACAUCACCGAGUACUGCACUGGAGACUCUGGCCAGUGCCCACCGAACCUCCAUAAACAAGAUGGCUAUGGCUGCAAUCAAAAUCAGGGUCGCUGCUACAAUGGCGAGUGCAAGACAAGGGACAAUCAAUGCCAGUACAUCUGGGGGACAAAGGCUGCGGGGUCAGACAAGUUCUGCUAUGAAAAGCUGAACACGGAAGGCACCGAGAAAGGCAAUUGUGGAAAGGAUGGAGAUCGGUGGAUCCCGUGCAGCAAACAUGAUGUGUUCUGUGGAUUUCUGCUUUGCACCAAUCUUACCCGAGCUCCACGUAUCGGUCAACUUCAAGGAGAGGUCAUCCCGACUUCCUUCUAUCAUCAAGGCCGAGUGAUUGACUGCAGUGGUGCUCACGUAGUUUUAGACGAUGAUACAGACGUGGGUUAUGUUGAAGAUGGGACUCCAUGUGGCCCCUCCAUGAUGUGCUUAGAUCGGAAGUGCCUACAGAUUCAAGCCCUAAAUAUGAGCAGCUGCCCACUUGACUCAAAGGGUAAAGUCUGCUCAGGCCACGGGGUGUGUAGCAACGAAGCCACCUGCAUCUGCGAUUUCACUUGGGCAGGUACAGACUGCAGCAUCCGGGAUCCAGUUCGGAACCCCAACCCCCCAAAGGAUGAAGGCCCUAAGGGUCCUAGCGCCACCAAUCUCAUAAUAGGCUCCAUCGCUGGUGCCAUCCUGGUAGCAGCUAUUGUCCUUGGGGGCACAGGCUGGGGAUUUAAAAACGUCAAGAAGAGGAGAUUCGAUCCCACUCAGCAAGGCCCCAUCUGAAUCGGCUGCACUGGAGGAAUGCCACCUUGCACUGUUGGGUUCUGGGAAUGACAUGUUUUCAGCCAUGCUGCCGGAACUCUUAAGUCUGUAAAGAAGACCCUUGGGUGGUAAUGACUACAGAGCCUCAAAUCUGAGAAUGGGUAUGGGGUACAAGACAAUGGUCCCUUUUGGAAAUAACUUCAAGUAACCCCCCAAUCACCUGUCAAUAAAGGGGAGGGGGUUAAAGACCAUGUCAUUAAAAAAAAAAAAACUU